UUAGUAUGAGCAUAUUUUUCUAUGAAUCGGUUGCCGGUAGCUGGUGGUGAUUAUAAAGCCGAAAACGAUAACUGAAAGUAAGGUCACAUAUGAUGUGAUUUAUAAAUACUUUACUACCACCCAAUUGCAGUAAUGGUGCGCAUGGCCGUCUAAUGUUUGUGGAAAUUACUGUGUAGAAAAGAUAUAUUUCGCGUUGUGGCAAGUAACAAUUCAAUAUUCGCGAUGUCUCUGUUUUAUUUUUCCCUAACUACAGGAUUUCACUUGUUUAGCGGUACACCCUGUUACUCAAAUAUAAAGAUGCAAUUGAAUCAAUGAAAGAGCUCAGUGAAUAAAAGUGGUUACAAAAGGUUUAAGUUAUUAAAUAUUUCCCAGUUCAAAGUCAAGGUCGGCUUAAAGUGUGCCCCGGUAUAAGAAAAUGAUUUUAAAAGACACGACUGUAUUUGUAUUCAUCACAUUCCGAAAUUGCCUGCAUUGAAAUACUUCGGGGUUGUGAUUAAGUUUUGCAAUAAAAUAUAUAAAAAUUCGUAUAUAUGUAUGCACGUACGUACAUACAUUCAUAUUUAUACGACAACCUCUCAUAAUAUCAACCGAUGGUUGCAACCAUGCGCAUGGCUGCCCGAUAAUAGCAGAAAUGUCAGUGCUGAAAGGAUAAUACUAAUUCUACGACUAUUUUCUUUUUCGCUGAGUAAAAAAUUCGUUUGCUUUGGACACUUCCUCACUUAACCCAUGCUAUUAAGAUUAAACUUAAUCAGUGAAAAAAUCCAGUGAAAUUCUGAAAAAGAAGUCAGUGAAUGUUUUCAAAUUCAUAGUCAAAGUCAUUUCAAGAGAAAAUGAUUUUUGAAAACUCUACCUUGUGGAUUACAUAUGCCAAAUAUGAGUGUAGUAAAAACCUUCAAAAGUGGGCGAGGGCAUCAAUUUGAAUUUAGCUAUUGUGCGUAAAUUCAACAACAAAAAUAUAAUUUACCACAAUGAAUGGGACAGAGUGUGAAAAUAUGGCAGCAUCACUGAGAUGGUCAGAUCCAGCGAAUAUAAUAUCGUUAGCUAUACUUCUAUUUAUCAUACUCUUAGUAAUUUCCGGAAAUUCUUUGGUUAUAGCAGCAGUAUUCUGUUCAAACAAAUUACGUAGCGUUACGAAUUACUUAAUAGUUAAUUUAGCCGUUGCAGACUUGUUGGUAGGUUUAACUGUUCUUCCGUUCUCGGCAAUAUGGGAAGUUUUUAAGAUAUGGAUAUUCGGUGAUGUCUGGUGUCGUAUGUGGCUUGCUGUAGAUGUAUGGAUGUGCACAGCAUCCAUAUUGAACUUAUGUGCAAUAUCUUUAGAUAGAUAUGUAGCCGUUACCCGUCCAGUUGCCUACCCGAGUAUAAUGUCAACAAAACGGGCAAAAUCAUUGAUUGCUGGAGUUUGGGUGCUGUCAUUUGUUAUAUGCUUUCCCCCACUUGUUGGCUGGAAGGAUCAAAAGUCGAUAAUACAGUCAGUGUACACACGAGAAAAUUACACCCGUUUCUAUACUACAACUAUUGUAUCUGUUCAGCGUAGUGUGCAAUUAAAGCAAAUGCAGCAGUUAGGAUUCCCAUACAAUCGGACGCACAUGUCAUUAGAUGCAACACCUGACAUAUUAAUGUCCGAGGGGUUUAAUUACCAAGAUCCAGCGCAACAAUCUUUAGAGAGUGGAGAAUAUAUUGAAAGUUCAAAAUUCAUCUAUGAAAAGUCAUUUUGUUCCUCAAAGUGUGAACUGACAAAUGAUCGUGGUUAUGUAUUAUACUCGGCAUUUGGAUCAUUCUACAUCCCGAUGUUUGUGAUGCUCUUUUUUUAUUGGCGCAUAUACAAAGCAGCAGUGAGAACUACGCGAGCAAUAAAACAGGGCUUCAAGACCACAAAGGGAUCGAAAAGUAUUGGUUCACGUUUCGAAGAAAAACGCUUAACAUUACGAAUUCAUCGUGGACGCGGUACAAAUCAGCACGACUCAACCUAUAGUAGUGGCAGCACCCAAAGCACCACCACUACUUUGGGCACUCCAUCCCCAGAGCGCCUUUCAAAAUAUACCACCCGACGGUCUCAUAACUCCGACAAAAUUAAGAUAUCCGUUUCAUAUGCUUCCACUGAAAGUAUUAAUGAAUUUCGCGGUGGUGAGUCGACUGGCUCUGGUGAACACCGUCCUUUCAACAGUGGCAGCACCCUUUAUGCAGUGCAUUACAAUUCAGUAAGCGGUAGCGAGACGAUCGAGUCGGAACUCUUUCCUCAGCAAAGCAAAAUUUGUUAUUUACAAGUAGACAAUGAGCGCCGCCAAUCAAAUACCAGCGAUAUAACCCACCAACAUGCAAUGUCAUUUAUGCAGCAACAUCAACCAUAUCGAAGCAAAAAAAUUGGACGAAGAAAUUUCAAAACACAAGUUAAACGUUUUCGAACGGAAACUAAAGCCACAAAAACUCUUGCCAUCAUUGUUGGUCUCUUCAUUUUCUGCUGGCUCCCAUUUUUUACAAUAUAUAUUAUCCGAGCCUUUUGUCAAGAUUGCAUAGAUCCUAUACUCUUCUCAAUACUUUUUUGGCUUGGUUACUGUAACUCUGCGAUCAACCCAAUGAUAUAUGCACUUUUUUCUAAAGAUUUUCGUUCUGCUUUUAAGGUUAUUAUUUGCCAUUGUUCUCUUUCUCAAGAAAGUAUUUCAUUAAAAAGUUCUCGCAGAGGCAGUGAUAUUUCGUCUGGACGUUUUCGUGACCGGACACCCAGCAGAUCUCAGAGUGCACUACAAUUCCAUUCACUGGGUGGAGAAAGUGAAAUGCAUUGUUCAGAACUAAGCAGCGUCCAUAGGUGACAAUCUGAUCGGUCCAACUCCUAAUUUUCAGACCCAUAUUCAGGUUUUGUUCAGGUUCACUAAAGCAGAUUGUCUGUUUCUCAGAAUUAGGUUUGUAUGCGGGAUUAAAUUUAUAUUACAUCUAUUUUUAUCUGGAUAAGCAUGAGAAUGUUCUCAAACUUUCAGAUGGUGGUUAUUCGGAACCCAAAAGACAAAUCGUACGAUUUUGUUAUAGAUGUUAUAUAAUUCGAUUAAUUCUAUUUAUUUGCGAAUAUAUAUAAUAUAUAUGUAAUAUAUGUAUAUGUAUGAAGUCAUAUAUGAAGAUGCUAAUGCACAGAAAUGUAAUACUUUCUACAAUUUCUGCGUACUAAAAAAUAUAUUCGAUGGCAAAUUCAAAUGACAAUGAUGC